GGCACCGACAGGGACACGGGCUCCAGAGAGGAAACAGCCACCGGUGGGGACACAGACGACAACCGGGAAACAGCCACCUGCGGGGACAGACACCAGUGGGAACACGGACACUGACAGGGACACGGACACCGGAGGGGACACGGACGCCGAAGGGACACAAACAGCAACAGGGACACGAACAUCAGAGGGGACACAGACACCAACAGGGACACGAACAGCGACAGGGACGUGGACACUGACAGGGACACGGCCACUGAGUGGGACACGACCACCAGUGAUUCUCCGGGCCCAGGAAAGGUGGCACCACACGCCCAGUGAGUGGCACUGGGGCCACCGAGGUCCGAUCCCUGGCAGAAGAUGACGGUCCCAGUGCCCAACAGCACGGCGGUGUCGUCGGCUGGGGUGGCAGCACAGCUGGAGCCAGAUCCGGAGCGGUCACCCUGCCUGGUGGGCAUUGUCCCCAUCGUGUACUACAGUGUCCUGCUGGGGCUGGGGCUGCCAGUGAACAUCCUGACCGCUGUGGCCCUGUCCCGCCUGGCCACCAGGGCCAAGAAGUCAUCGUACUGGUACCUGCUGGCCCUGACCACCUCCGACAUCCUCAUCCAGGUCUUCAUCAUCUUCAUGGGCUUCAUCCUGCAGACGGCCAUCCUGGCCCGGGCGGUGCCCAGCGCCUUCAUCCACACCGUCAACGUGCUGGAGUUCACGGCCAGCCACGCCUCCACCUGGGUCACCGUGCUGCUCACCGUGGACCGCUACGUGGCCCUGUGCCACCCGCUGCGCUACCGCGCCGUGUCGUACCCGCAGCGCACGCGCAGGAUCAUCGCGGCCGUGUUCGCCGCCGCCCUGGCCACCGGCAUCCCCUUCUACUGGUGGCUGGACGUGUGGCGUGACGCCGACCCGCCCACGGCGCUGGACACGGCGCUCAAGUGGCUCCACUGCGUCACCAUCUACUUCCUGCCCUGCAGCAUCUUGCUGGCCACCAACUCCAUCAUCAUCCUCAAGCUGAAGCGGCGGCGGCGCGCGGGGGGCGGCAAGACCACGGCGCUGCUCCUGGCCGUCACCACCGCCUUCGUGGUGCUCUGGGCCCCCCGCGCCGUCGUCAUGAUGUGCCACCUGUACGUGGCCUCGGUGAGGAGGGACUGGCGCAUGCACCUGGCCUUGGACAUCGCCAACAUGGUGGCCAUGCUCAACACCUCCCUCAACUUCUUCCUCUACUGCUUCGUCAGCCAGACCUUCAGGCGCACGGUGGGUGAGGUGCUGCGGGGGCACCCCCGGCAUGGCCCCCCCUGCCGGGGCAGUGGCCACUUCCCACCCCCAGCCCUCAAACCGCUGGAGCUGUUGGGUGGCACCGCGCUCUGAGCCAGGGCAGUGCCUGGCUGGGGGUCCCAGUGCCCACCCAGCCCCACCCAUCACACCAGGACCUGGGGAGACCUCCACGGAACCAGAGUUAAUGCUGGUGGUGGCAGGAGGAGGUGGUUGUGCCCAGCCCCUCAUUUUGGGCCCUUGGGGUGCCCUGCCUGGUGACAGCAUCCCAGGAUUCCCCGCCCGCUCUCUGAGCCCCACCAGGAUGGGCAGCUCAGCCCUAUCCAUGCUCAGGACACAGAGCACUGGGACCCCCAAGAACUCAUCCAGGAUGUGCCCCAGCUCGGGUCCUGGGGAGCACGGGGGCACAGCUGCCUGUGGUGAGGGGUGGUGGGCACAGCUGAGCUCCUGUAAGACCUGCAAGGACAUAGUGACCACUGGGAGCCCAUGGGAUGAUCCUUCUGCCAUAAACUGCCGUGCUGAGACCAGAACUCCACCUGGGUCUGGCUCCCUGUGGGCAGAUGGGACGGGGACACCCUGCUCCAGCACCCCUGGCACGGGGUCCCUCUGCCCUGCCCACCCCGGUGCCCCUGCCCU